CUCAAGUGGGGAGGGCGAAUCGGCGAAUCCGCCGUGCCGAAGGCAUGGCAAGAGAGCCGGCAGUGUGAAGAGCCAAAGGUAUGCGCCUUCAUGUGCAAGCAUCGGGAAUCUCCGAGGGCCUUCUCACGGCAAAGUGCGGCAGCGUGAAGCGCCAGCACGUUCUUCAUGGCGCCAGCGAGGCGCCCUUCCAGCUGUCCUUGGUGAAGCCGCCAUUGCCGCUGGAGAUCGAGGCUUCGGUGCGGCGGGGCAAGCAGUGCCAGGAGAGCCUCGUGCAGAGCCGCCAAGCGGAUGGCCUUUACAAGGUGCCACUUCGUGGUAAACAUGGCCAGCGCAUGAGCGUCACCUUUCGCGCACAGCCACUGAGCAAAGCAGAGAAAGCAAAGCAAGCAAAGGAAGACCGUGCCGAUGCUUACUUUCAAAAGCAUGGAUUGAACGAAUUCCUGAAGGGUAUGUUCGACCGACUCGCUUCGGAGCAGCCCGAGGAUCCUUACAGCUUCUUGAGGGAGCUCUAUGCUGACGCUGCCAAAGCUGAACGUGGGGAGGGGCAAGGGAAUGCCCAGACGUGCCCUCCGGCUGAGGCCGAGGAGCCAGCAGUGCUGACUGAACCUGCAGCAGCAGAACCAUCAGCGGUGACAGCUCAAGCUGAAGCAGAAAAGCCAGCAGUGCAGACUGAACCUGUGCAGUCAAAACCUGAUGUGGCAGCGGAUUCGUCUGCGACAGUGGCAGCUCAAGCUGGGGUGGAAGAGCCGGCAGUGCAGCCUCAGCCUGAUGUGGCAGCGGAUCCGUCUGCGACUGUGGCAGCUCAAGCUGAAGCAGAAAAGCCAGCAGUGCAGACUGAACCUGUGCAGUCAAAACCUGAUGUGGCAGCGGAUUCGUCUGCGACAGUGGCAGCUCAAGCUGGGGUGGAAGAGCCGGCAGUGCAGCCUCAGCCUGAUGUGGCAGCGGAUCCGUCUGCGACUGUGGCAGCUCAAGCUGAAGCAGAAAAGCCAGCAGUGCAGACUGAACCUGUGCAGUCAAAACCUGAUGUGGCAGCGGAUUCGUCUGCGACAGUGGCAGCUCAAGCUGGGGUGGAAGAGCCGGCAGUGCAGCCUCAGCCUGAUGUGGCAGCGGAUCCGUCUGCGACUGUGGCAGCUCAAGCAGCAGUGCAAACUGAACCUGUAAAGCCAACACCUGAUGUGGCAGCGGAUUCGUCUGCGACGGCGGCAGCUCAAGCAGCGACGUCCGUAUCGCUGCAAGCGCUGCGGCGGAAAGCAAGAGACGCCAUUUCGAAGGGAUACGUGGACGGGGGACUUGUGAAUGCAUUGCAGAAGCUCCCAGCGUUCCAAGCAGCUACGCCCGGCAGUUUGCCUAUAGCGCAGGGUGAGGCUCCUGUGAAUCAGUCCUCUUCUGUGCGAGCAGCAGUGCAGACUGAAGCUGUGCAGCCAACAGCGGAUGUGGCAGAACCAUUUGCAGUGGCAGCUCAAGCGAAAGCUGAGGAGGCACAAGUGCAGACUGAACUUGUUCAACCAACUGCAACGUCAGCUGCAGCGACGUCCGUAUCGCUGCAAGCGCUGCGGAGGAAAGCAAGAGACGCCAUUUCUAAGGGAUACGUGGACGGGGGACUUGUGAAUGCAUUGCAGAAGCUCCCAGCGUUCCAAGCAGCUACGCCCGGCAGUUUGCCUAUAGCGCAGGGUGAGGCUCCUGUGAAUCAGUCCUCUUCUGUGCGAGAACAGGAGCCAGCAGUGCAGACUGAAACUGUGCAGCCAGCACCGGAUGUGGCAGAACCAUCUGCAGUGGCUGCUGAGGCUGAAGAGCCAACACCAGCGGCAGCGGAACCGUCGGCAGAUGAAGUUGUUGCUGAGCCAGUGGCGGAACCUGUGCAGCCAACGCCUGAUGUGGCAGCAGGAUCACCUGCAACGGGCCCGCCAGCUCAAGCCACAGUGGGCCACGCUGGCCACAGUGGCCACAGUGGCCACAGUGGCCACGGUCACUCAUGCAAGCUGCAACGAAAAACGUCAGAGGCAGCGACGCCCGUAUCGCUGCAAGCGCUGCGACGGAAGGCACGAGACGCCAUUUCCAAGGGGUACGUGGACGGGCGGCUUGCGACUGCAUUGCAGCAAAACCCAGCGUGCCAAGUAGCGCCUGGCAGCUUGCCUUUGCCGGAGCAUCGGACUUCUCGGAAGCCAUCCCCUUCUCAUCUGCGAGCGAACACGCAGCCAACGCCUUUUUUGGCGGAACCGCUUGUGACCUUCACAGCUCCAGGGUCAGAGACGAUAUCGUUACACGCGCUGCGACGGAAGGCAAGAGAUGCCAUCUCUAAGGGAUACGUGGACGGGCGGCUCGCGACUGCGUUGCAGACGCUCGCAGCGGUGUUGCCUUCCGGUUUGAGUACGUUUCAACUGCCCACAUUGACCCGCGCAGCCUGACGCCAAAGGCGAGGCACAGAGCGGCUCCCGAAG